AUGCACGCCAGAAAGCUGUACUUCCAAAAACGCGAGACCGACGACGACACCGACUGGAGCGUCUUCUUCUACACCCCGUCCCUCGCCGCCUCAAUCCUCUUCGCAGUCCUCUACCUAAUCCCCUUCAUCUACCACCUCUACGUCUCAUACGUCGCGUACAGAGCCGGCAGAUACUUUAGACACAGCUACACCCUUCCGCUGUUAGUCGCCGCCCUUGUCGAGGUAAAUGGCUACAGCCAGCGCGCGGCAUCUACCCAGAACGUCCAGGACAUCGGCACGUUUGCGGCUUCUCAGACUAUGAUUGUCCUUGCACCUGUACUUGUCUGCGCUUCGCUUUAUAUUCUGCUUAGCAGGAUUAUUCGCUCAACAUCAACUCAACCAAGCGGUCAGCCCCAAGGCAACAAUGAAAAAGGAGACAAAAGAGUUCUCGGCGGAUACGUGAAAGCAACUUGGCUGCCGAAGAUAUUCAUCACGCUGGAUGUCGGGGCCAUGGUCACUCAGGGCGGCGGGAGCGCCGUCGCAGCGGCAGGGGAAUGGAAGGGUCCGUUGGAGAAGGCCGGUACGGGGAUCCUGAUCAGUGGAUUGGCACUACAGCUUGCGACCUUUUCCGUGUUCCUGGUUGUGGUGGUCAAGUUUCAUCGGGACGCUUUGAAGAGUGGUGUUCUGGCACAGGAUGAGGGCAUGAAGAAGGUUCUGUUAGGUGUUUAUAUUGCAGGGUUCUUCAUUAUGGUCCGGUCCAUCUUCCGACUCAUUGAAUUUGCGUGCGGUACGGAUUCGUAUGUCAUGACGCAUGAGUGGCCGGUGUAUGUGCUUGAAGCAGUGCCCAUGUUCACAGCCUUUAUGGUUCUUGGGUGGUAUCACCCGUCCAGAUGGCUUCCUUCGUCCGCUGCGGGGGAAUCCAAAGCGAGACAGUGGCUCAAGCAGCAUCGGCGGAGGAACCUCCCGCAGGGUGAGGGUGUUGCAAGUGUAUGA